GGUUUUACAGUUUUCUAGAUGACUCUUUCCGUAAGAACCUUGAAAGUGCUCUGCGGUUUGGAAAUCCACUUCUUGUUCAAGACGUAGAGAGCUAUGAUCCCAUCUUAAAUCCUGUACUGAACCGAGAGGUCAGGAAGACUGGAGGUCGUGUGCUGAUAACUUUGGGUGACCAGGACAUUGAUUUGUCUCCAUCUUUCUGUAUUUUCCUUUCUACCAGAGACCCAACAGUUGAGUUUCCACCAGACAUAUGUUCCAGAGUGACGUUUGUUAACUUUACUGUUACUCGCAGUAGUUUGCAGAGUCAGUGUUUGAACCAAGUUCUUAAAGCUGAACGACCUGACAUUGAUGAGAAGAGGUCUGACUUGCUAAAACUUCAAGGAGAGUUCAAUGUGCGUCUAAGGCAAUUAGAGAAGAGUCUGUUACAAGCACUGAACGAUGCCAAGGGGCGGAUCUUGGAUGAUGACAGUGUAAUCAGCACGUUGGAAAAACUGAAGCACGAGGCAGCAGAGAUAUCAAGGAAGAUGGAAGAGACCGACCAAGUUAUGACUGAAGUAGAAACUGUGUCACAGCAGUAUAUGCCUUUGUCCCAAGCCUGUAGUAGUAUUUACUUUACUCUGGAAGGCCUACACCAGGUCCACUUCCUAUAUCAGUACUCCCUGCAUUUCUUUCUGGACAUUUAUAAUGAUGUCUUGACCAACAAUCCAGGUCUGACUGGUGUAACAGAUUCUAGCACUAGACUGUCCAUAGUCACAACAGAUUUCUAUCAGACUGUGUACAAUCGAGUAACAAAAGGAAUGCUCCAUCAAGAUCGUCUUGUGUUUGCUUUGUUGCUGAGUAAAAUACAUUUGAGAGGAGUUUCUAGUGAGCCAAACUUUGAACAUGAAUUUAACCAUUUCCUACGAGGAAAAGAAGGAAUCUUACCUGGACAACCCACGAUUCAUGUACCUGGAUUAAGUUUAGACCAAUUAGAAGGAGCCACAGCUCUCUCUAGACUCCCAGCCUUCAGAAACCUACAGAAGAAGAUAGAUGCUGUUGUCAUGAAGCGUGUAGAGAACACGGUUACGUGUGCGGAGAUUAAGCGUGUAGAGAACACGGUUACGUGUGCGGAGAUUAAGCGUGUAGAGAACACGGUUACGUGUGCGGCGAUGUCAACUGUUUGUAAUUGUUUUGUUCACAGGUGGGUAAUGUUGAAGAAUGUCCAUCUUGCACCUCAGUGGCUUGUACAGCUAGAGAAGAAGCUUCACACACUGCAGCCCCACCCAGCUUUCCGUCUAUUUUUGACACUGGAGAUCCAUCCCAAGAUUCCUGUCAACCUUCUUCGAGCAGGUAGAGUUUUUGUGUUUGAGCCUCCACCAGGCAUCAAGGCUAACCUGUUACGAACAUUCAGCCAGGUUCCUGCUCAGCGUAUGAUGAAGGCUCCUGGAGAACGAGCCAGACUCUACUUCCUUCUUGCUUGGUUCCAUGCUAUUGUUCAAGAAAGGCUUCGUUAUUCACCCCUAGGUUGGGCUAAGCACUAUGAAUUUAACGAGUCUGACUUAAGAGUGGCUUGUGAUACCCUGGAUACCUGGAUCGAAACUGUUGCAAUGGGGCGUGCCAAUUUGCCCCCAGAAAAAGUUCCAUGGAAUGCACUAUGCACUCUCUUUGGCCAAUGUAUCUAUGGUGGGAAAAUUGACAAUGAUUUUGAUCAGGUAACGAUCUCUGUAAAUUUUAGCAUCAACUUGGGCUUUGGUUCGGACCUGAUCUCCAAACUUUUGCGGAUGCAGCUGCUUGAAGAUGAUGAUGAAGUAGUGUACACAGCAGAUGACCAGGAAGUUAACAAAAAGGAGGCUGAUGGCCGUCCAGCGUGGAUGCGUACUCUCUACAACUCUGCCUGUACUUGGCUGCGAUUAGUACCUCAGAGCCUCCAGACUCUUAGACGUACAGUCGAAAAUAUCAAAGACCCAUUGUAUCGAUACUUUGAGAGAGAAGUUAAUGCAGGAGCGAGAUUACUCCAAGUUGUACGUAGGGAUCUGGAGGAUGUAAUUCUCAUCUGUAAGGGAGAGAAAAAACAAACCAAUUAUCAUCGCAACAUCCUUAGUGAACUAGCAAAAGGAAUGUUACCCUCACACUGGAGAAAGUACACUGUACCACCAGAGUGCACUGUGAUUCAAUGGAUAACAGACUUUUCUGAUCGUAUUAAGUUGCUUCAGAAGAUAUCUGCUGCUUCAACAACUGGAGGUGCAGCAGCCCUUAAGGUAGGGUUAGAAGUCUAAUUGAUGUUGUCUUCU